GUGCGGCUAGUUAAAUCUGCCACGACACCAUAAAUAUCUAUAUAAUCAAAAUUCCCAUUUUUCUUUUUUUUGGACUAUCCCGAAUCUAGCCGAACUAAACUUGAAAAUCAAUAUAGUCUAAGCAGACUAAGUUCAAAAAAUCCGAUUUUUUCGAAUUUAUAUAUCUAUACUUGAUCCCAAUAUUUUUAAAGGUCAUAUCGGGCAUGACUGUGAUCCUAAUUGACAUUCACACUAAUCAUACUAAUAAUCUUAUAAAUUGUAGUAAUAUUUAUCGUUCUCACUAGUCUAGUACCCUUUUCGUUUACCAUACUCUUUUACAUUUUUUCAGUAUUUCGUACCGCUAAAAAGUUUUAAUCCAUUUGAAUGAUCUUAUACAUAUCUUUUUUAAAAAAUGUCUAUUUGGGAUGAUUUAAUUAAUGAAAUGUUUUAUUUAAAAAAAAAAAAAAAAAACUAAACCCAGGCCAAACCGAAUAAACCGACAACCCAAAAGCUUUAACCGGUUCAACUUCUCAUCCGAUAAACAAUUGACAAAGACAAACGCGCCGAGUUUUCGAAUUUUCCAAAACUUGUAAAUUGCUAUCACUAAGACUCAAAUCCCUGAGAAGAAGAACAAAAGUUGUGUUUUUUUCUCUGCCCUCAAAAAAAAACGAAGAGUCUUUUUCACCUGAGACAGCAAUUUCUAGGGUUUCCGAUUCUUCUCGAAGCUUACGCACUGUGGAAAGUGGGUUUGAGAGAUGGUCUUAAAUUUUUCAGAGUUAGGACCUAAUUGCUGUGAGAAUCGAGACUUACCAGCUCCAAGCAGCAACAAUGAUCAGAACAAGACCGGUGAUAUUUCGAGGAAGAAGCAUCAGCGUCUAAGUACAGAAGAAGGUGAUUAUGAGGAAUACACCGAACAUGUGAGAAAGAAGAAAAUGAAGAGGAGCAAUACUGAAACAGAAUCUGAGGCUUCUUCAUCAGACCACUCUUGUUUUGUUGCCCUUGUCACAGCUUCGAAUCUACACAACGAUGCUCUGUAUCUUCCACAAGAUUUAACAAGAGUAAUUGGUCUUAAAAGAAACUGUCGUGAGAUUGUUGUAACAGAUGAAAGGGAAAGAUCAUGGGCAUUGGAUCUACGUUUCAACAAAUCAUUUAAUACUUUCUACAUAAGCCAAGGUUGGACAAGUUUCUGUGAUGAAAUCGGUAAAAAAGCAGGAAGCGUUUUUGUUUUUGAAUUAGUUGGAAACUGGGAAACUCCGGUGCUCAGUUUCUGUUCCGCUGAAGCUAUCAACGAGGGAAUACACGGAGACAAGAACAACAAAGACAAUUGUAUGGAGCUGAAGAGCAAGAAGAAGCGUAUGAGAUGUAGAGAUUCAACUUCACCAAGCCAAAACCGGUUUGUGACAUUAACACUUACUCAUGGCAACCUAAGAUUUUUUAGACGGCAUCUUCCAUUGUCAUUUGCAAGAGAUAAUGGCUUGGACAAACCUGGGAUGAUAACUUUGAUUGGCAAAGAUGGUACAAAGUGGGAGGCAAAUCUUCUACGGGAAAAAAGAGGAAUGAUGUGUAUCAGAAAAGGCUGGAAAGAUUUCGCUAUCGCAAACGGCUUAAAAAGCGGCGAAUCGUUCAUGUUGGAAGCAAUUUUGGAGAACGGAACUCCUAUGUUCAGUUUGGUCAGUACACAGUCCACAAGUGAUAGAAGCAAGCAAGGAGAGUGCUCAAAACAUAGCGAGAAAGAGUCGAUUUUUGUUGAACAUAGCAGUGGAAAAGAGACCAGGAAAGCCAUAAUCAACAGAGACGUGAGGAGAGACUCGUAUCCAGCAAGCCGGAACCCAUUCGUGACAUUAAGACUUACAUAUGACAACCUCAGAAAUAGUAGACGGAAUCUUCCAUUGUCGUUCACAAGAGAAAAUGGCUUGGACGAACCUGGGAUAAUAACUCUGGUUGGCAAUGAUGGUACAAAGUUGGAGGCAAAUCUUCUACGGGAAAACACAGGAAUAAUGUGUCUCGGAAAGGGCUGGAAAGAGUUCGCUAUGUCUAACGGCUUGAGGAGUGGCGAAUUGUUCACGCUGGAGGCAAUUUUGGAGAAUGGAAUUCCUAUGCUCAGUUUGGUCAGUACACAGUCCACAAGAUAUAGAAGCCAGGAAGGAGAGUGCGCAAAAGAUAGCGAGAAAGAGUCGAUUUCUACAGUACCUAGCAAAGGAAACAAGAAGAGGAAAGCCACGAGCAAGAGAGAGGAGAAGAGAGACUCGUCUUCAGCAAGCCAAAAUCGAUUUGUGACAUUCACACCUGAAGAUAUCAGAGACUGUAUACUAAUUCUUCCAGGUCAAUUCAUGAAUGCUAAUGGCAUCAACAAGCUAGGGAUGAUAACUUUGUUGGGUCAAAACAAAAUGAAGUGGUUUGCAUAUCUAAUGUCAAAAGAUGGAAUUUUGGCUUUGGGAUCUGGUUGGAAGGGCUUCUGUGAGGCUAAUGGCGUUAAGACAGGAGAGUCAUCCACUUUGGAAUACAUUGAUGAACAAGACACAACUCCUGUGCUUAAAUUCUGUUCCAACUCCGUAGAGUAAAGACCAAAAAGUUUUAAUUAAAACCCUUUUUUGUUUGUUAAGUUAAAAACAGUAUGUAUGUUAUAAUGGCUAUAUGAUUAUGAACUUGUGAUUUUUUU